UUCAGUUUCUGGGUGCCGUUUUCGAAUCCGUUUGUUUACCAACCAGUGAUAACGUGAUUUCAUCUUGCCGUCACUGAUCAGUAGCACAAAUUUUAAGGAUUUAAUAUUUCCAGUAAAUACAAAUGUUUCAAAAGUGAUUUCAGUGGUGUUUAAUUCUACAAUAUUGAUGUGCCAAUGUCACCAAGUGAUAUGUUUUGUGUUCUAAUAGAAAGUAAUGAAAUGACGAAUUCAGAAAGAUGUUUCUAUAUUCCUCGCUCACCUACUUUUCUAUACUCAACAGUUUCGCGUCGCAAAGGAGUUUCAUUCGGGGGAUCUACCAUCACACAAAACGAUCACGCAUCAACAGGUGUCCCCACUUUAGCAGCGGAGGCUUCAACCACCGAAACUGCUUCACUACCACUAACACCCACAUCGAUUACACCUCCCCAACCACAAACUCCUCCGUGCAAAACUCUCUCGCCGUGCAGUGCACCCAUUCAAGAGAGGAUUGCAAAAGAAACAGAAGACUGCAAAGAGGAUUCGCAGGACGAUUCCUUCACACAACCACCAAAAACACUAAAAGUUAAGGACCCCAAGGUCAUUGAGCCAGUAGAAGUCGGUGUCGAAUCAGUUGCAAAAACUGAGAAACCGCGUUUCUACUCAUCGAUUUUAGGUGGCAAUAAGCCUUAUAGCGGCGGUAUUGUAUUAACACAAGCUCAACGCAAAGAAUAUCCGGUAGAAGUUGUAAGUCGUCGUAAUACAACCACACCUACUGAAGAUAGCUCCAGUGAUUCGGACUCGGAUUCAGACGGUUCUAAACUUAUUGUUGACGAGAAACCAUUGGUGCCAGAAGAUAAACCACUCUCACUGCGUUUGCGUAGCACUCCACCUCCUUUGGAGAAACGCCCCAGUCCACCUCCUCCUCCAGAACCAGCAGUACGUUGCAGUGUUAUACAACGUACACCAAAACCAGCACCAACACCACCUCAACGUCAAAACCAGCACGAAGUUCUACUACCACCUUGUUCACUUGAGCACCUCGGACCCGAACAACAAGAGCCCAUUGAUUAUCACGUUCCAAAACGACGUUCCGCUUCAUUCGAUAGCGACGAAGAGCAAAGUGAUUCUUUGAAUGCGAAACGUUUAGAUCGCGAACGUAAGUUACGCGAAGCCCGUCGACGAAGCGCAAUAUUAGCAGCGCGUGCCGUGCUCGCACAAGCGCGGCUAAACCCACGUCUUGUACGUAGUUUACCAGGAAUUUUGGCUGCCGCAGCCGGACACGGACGCACAUCAUCAACAGGUGCCGGACAAGGUUUUCAAGGCUCUAGUGGAUUCGGCGGGAACGGUUCGAGCAACGGUACUAAUCAAAGUCCCAGUGGAGGUGCUGGUUCACCUACGGGCUUUGGUGGUGCACUGGGUGGCAGCGGCGGUGCUGGUGGUGGCAUGGGUGGCGGCCGUGACGGUCGUAGCAAUUACGGUCCAAAUUCGCCACCUUCAGGUGCUCUUCCUCCUUUUUACGAAAGCUUGAAGAGUGGAAAUGCAAUGAAUUCGUCCUCUUCAUCAGCAAAUUUUAACGGAAACUCAAAUUUCCUUAUUCAAAAUGCAGCCGCAGCUGCAUAUUUAAUGUCUGCAGCAGGUGGAAAUACUGGUGGUCAACAACAGUCAAACAACAACUAUAUAGACUGCGUAUCAACGAACGGAAAUGGGAAUGGAAAUGGUGUCAGUGGUGUAGGUAGCGGUGUAAAUGAUAGUGGUAGUGGUAGUUUGGAAGGUACAUUUGCAAAUGGCCAGGCGUACGGCAUUAUAUUGAAGGACGAGCCAGAUAUUGAGUAUGAUGAGGCCAAGAUUGACAUUGGUGCUUUUGCGCAAAACAUAAUCCAAGCUACAAUGGGCAAUUCGGGAAAUUUCAAUGCUGCCGCUUAUGAGGAUGCAAUUAUGUCGGACCUUGCAAAUUCGCAAGGCCCCAACGGAUCAGUAGAUCCCUUACAAUUCACAGCCACACUUAUGCUCAGCUCACAAACAGAUCAUUUGUUGGAACAGCUCUCCGAUGCAGUCGACCUUAGCUCAUUCCUGCAAAGGGAAUGUGUGGAUGACGAUAACUCUACAAGCCCUCGACAAGACUUCGAGCUGGUGUCUACGCCUUCGCUCACACCUGAUUCCGUGUCUAUAACACCGGUGGACGGCAACAACCCCAACCAGCUUGACACAUUCCACGAGAGUCUCAUUCAGCAAAUAACAAACAACAUUUCACGCAAUCACAUCGGCAGUAACCAAAAUGGCAACAUGCAACCAUAUCCAUUUGAGCGCCAACAACAUGUGAACAACAAUCAGCAACACAUGAAUAACGAACAGCAUAGCGUAAAUCAUCAGCAGCAACAGCCACCACCAUCGUAUCAACAUGCCACACGUGAUUUGAUGCAGCUGCAGCAACAACAACAGCAGCAGCAUCAUGCUCAACAACAUCCUUAUCAACAACACCAGCAGCAGCAUCAGACGAGUUCCAUGAUGCAGCAUGGCGGCCCAAUGUUGUUGACACAACAACCACAGCAACAUGCAUACCAACAACAUAACCAUCCAUAUGGUUCAGCACAACAUCAUCACCAGCAGCAGCAGCAUCACAUUGCGCCACCACAUCAUAUGCAGCAUCAUCAUCACCACAGUAGCGACAACAGUAAUCUGUCGCUGCCGUCACCGAAUGCAGCACAUCUUUCUGCGCAUCAUGGCAUGUCGUCGGCAGCGAGUAACUCGUCGGGCGCCUCGACUUCCGGUUUGCUAGAUGCCAGCACUGCCAUGCUGGACACCAAGCCCCUGAUACAAAGCGUAAGUCCCACUCAUUCGACCGGCAGUUCCAAUGCAAGUUCUUGCGAUACGGGUUCUAGAAAAUUGAGUACAAGUUCCUCUAGUGGGUCUGCGUCGAUGGUGGCGAGAGAUCCGCUGCGCAGUGUUGCUGCCGCAGCGGCAGCAACCGCCGCCGGCAUACUGCCACCAUCGCCCACUGUCGCCAUGCUACACGAAAGCAAAAUGUUACAGCAGAGGUUGGGUCUGCCACCAGAAGUACAACUGGAAUUUGUAAAUGGCGGUCAUGGUAUCAAAAACCCACUUGCUGUGGAAAACACACAUACGGGCCACCAUCGUAUACGCAGCAUUGAUUGUGUUGAUGAUCUGAAGAAGAGUGGCAAUGUUAGUACUGACGGUUCGGAAAGCGGGAGCUGUGCGCCUGAUGGCACCAAGUUUGUGUGUCGCGUUUGUCUGAAAGCGUUCUCGUUACAACGCCUUCUGAAUCGGCACAUGAAGUGUCACUCGGAGAUUAAGCGCUACUUGUGCACAUUUUGUGGCAAAGGAUUCAACGACACCUUCGAUUUGAAACGCCACACGCGCACACACACCGGCGUGCGACCGUACAAGUGCAAUUUGUGCGAAAAGAGCUUCACACAGCGCUGUUCACUAGAGUCGCACUGCCUCAAAGUGCACAGUGUGCAGCAUCAGUAUGCGUAUAAGGAACGGCGCGCUAAGAUGUACGUUUGUGAGGAAUGUGGGCAUACGACGUGCGAACCCGAGGUUCAUUAUAUACACUUGAAAGAGAAUCAUCCAUACUCACCUGCAUUGUUGAAAUUUUAUGAUAAGCGUCAUUUCAAAUUUACAAACUCACAAUUCGCCAACAAUUUGCUAGGACAACUGCCAAUGCCGGUGCAUAAUUAAAAACGUAUAGUGGACAAUAGUACCACGUUGUAAAUAACACAUCAAUUUUCAGCCACCCAAAAUAGAUGGAAAUGAACUGAUCGAACUGCAGCGAAAACAUGCCUUUCUUACAUAUUUAUAGCGUAGUUAGUUCAAUUGACAUAUUUGAGUUUUCGAAAAACUGCCCAUAAAAGGAGAUUAUAUGAUUUGCUUAUGUUUACUUCUACAAUUAUUGAAAAUUCAGUUAAGUUCAUUCAUUGCCUGUAUUUGGCCACAUUUUGUACUGGGAAUUUUUUUUGUUAUUAAUUUUACUCCAUGAAAUGUUUACACUGCGACAGCUGCUGCGCUUUAUUUUACUACUUUUUGAUGGGCGUAUAUUUUUAAUGCUUGGAUAUAUGUUAAAUAUUAUAUCCUUUUCAAGCCAACCGUAAACCACACGCAGGCACGCAAGGUAAACAUGUAAAAAAAGAAACUUGGGAGUAUAUUCUUUUAGACAUUUAAAGCUAGGCAAAACGAUUAAAUUGGUAUACGUGUAUUGUACAUUUUUUCUUCGAGAAUUUAAGUCAAUUUAAGUUGAUAACACUGCGGAACUAAUUCUCAUUAUUCUUAAAUUUGUAAUAUAACCGAAUUUUUAUAAUGUAAAGUUUGUGCGAGAAGAAAUAGAUAUGAAAUUUAGCAGUUGGAAAAUAAGGCUGGAAUAAGAGUUCACUGUACAUUUAUGAAUGUAAAACAAAAUUGUGCUUCUAAUCAAAGAGUUAAGUUAAGUUAAAAAUCAGUUUAAUUAAAAUCUCAUUUCGCGUAACUUUUGUAAUAAGUUAUUUAGGUUUUUAUUUUUGUUCUUUCUUAUUUUGUGGCUGAACACAAACCAUUUUACAACUUUAUUUGAAGUAGCUUUGUUUUUAUUUAAAUAGUUUUGUUUUUGUUUUGCUUUGCCUUUUAAAGAAUCAUGUACAUUUUUAUUUAAUCCAUAUCACAUAUCUUCUAAAAUUGAUGAUUUAGUUAUAGAGGAAUUUCAUAGUUUAUUUUAUAUAAUAUUUUCUGAAGUUAGUUUAUUGGAAAUAAAUGAAUUAAUAAAAUUAAAUUAAAUAGCAACAAGUGUAAAGAGGCGUAAAUAUUAAAUAUUAAACAUUAAUUAAGUUGGAAAGCGCACUUGAUUUCAUUGUAUCUAUAAUUGGAAGUUUAUCGAAUGAACUCACUCACUUAGUUUGUAAGCGUUUCGUUUUUGUCGAAAUGAAGACUAAAAAAAAACUAUUAGGCUCACUGCUUUUGCUGCUCAUAAAUGAGGCAAUUGAAAGCAAACUUUGCAAUUGUGUUAAGCUAAGCUUUAAUUUAUAAAUAGAUGUAUUUUAAAUAAAGUUUAAUCGUAGUUUAAGGCUUGAGAGCUUUGAGAAAGUAAAUGAAAACAAGUGAAAAAACCACCAA